AACCAUUGCAGUCACUAUCACCCUAUUGAAUCGCAACAACGACGGCGACGACGAUAAUUAGGAGGACGAAGAAGACGAACUGCCAAUGCGAGAUUGAGGAUUCGACAACACAAUGGAUGUCGAAUCGAAUUAGAACGGUACCCAACCAUCUUUCAAUCAACUUCAGAAAUUGCUGCUGGUGCGAGAGACGAGCUCAUUGACAGCUGGGAAGACCUUUAUCGAUGUUAUGCAAAUAAAGAUUGAGUGCAAAACUAUGGCGACAAGAAUGUCUGCGUCGACGUCGAGAGCGAUGGCGACAAUGAACUUCUAUAUCGUCACGAUGUAGAGAACAAGAUCAUCUUCAAAACUAUGGGGAUUUUUCACUACCAUAACUGGACAAACUACAUAAGGACAAGGAAAUAUUAGCAGAAAGUCUGCGACAAUUUUCUCACUGAAGAAUGUAUGGGAAUUUUACUUUUAGCUGGGUAGAAGAACGCUACAAGUCUCGGGAUCCGUUAAGGGAUAUAAAACUAGUUCAAGCAGAAACGGUCUACAAUUUUUCCGUUGUAUUGAGGCACUGAGAAAAACAAGGGAGGUCCGAAAGGGCAACCAGAAACGAGGGUCAAGAAACGAUUUGACUUGGUUCACAAAGGAGGACACAGAACGUGCAAAGAAAGAUCUCUAGAAGAGAAGGAAAGAGGAAAUGUUACAUAAAAGAAAGUGAACGGGGAUUAUGAGAGGAAUAGGUGGGAUAACAAUGGCAUUGCCUUCCGCCUCAAUUGAAUUGACGCCGACGAGGACAAUGUCGAAGAAGGUCGUGGAGAGAAAGCUGAGUAGGUAGGGGACAAAUGGAAGUGGGAGCGGGACAUGAAGAAGAGGAACAAGAACCUCACGAAGAUGGAGAGGGUGGUGGAAAUGAAGGAUCAAACAUGUUUUUGGAGGGUUACAAGCUCCCUGGAAGGAACAUUAUGGAAGCUCGGCACCAUUAACUUCAUCCACCACUUCAGAAUCAAAGUCCUUCAACCCCAGACUUAGCUCGAAGAGGUUAUCCUAAUCCAUCACUUCAUAUGCCUUCAUCAUCACCUUGACAUCCAUUCGCAGCAACCUUAACCACAGCCGUAACGGCAACGAUUAAGGCAACAGUAUCUCCUCGACCACAAGUUGUAAAGAGAGGAGAACAUUUUAAUAUGGGUAGAAACGUGGCAUAUGAAAUUCUUGAUCACAAUGGGAAGAAGCAUAUUUUUUCCUUUCAAGACAAAGUAGUUUAUGGUUCAUACGAUGAGUGGUGGGCUGGGGGCGGAGGAGGUGGUGGAACAGGAAGUGAAUCGAUGAGCGAAGAUGGUUCACUCUGUCAUGAUGAUAAUCCUUCAGCUGAACGAGAAACUAGAGUCGAACUUGCGGGUCUGGCUCUUCUGUGCCGCCGCAGGCGGAGAUUCCCGUUCGUAGUCUGGCAACAGGGGAAACAGCAGCAAAGGAAAAGAAUUUUAUGAGAGCUAAGUCAACACCGCCACCGCCGACUUUUACACCGGCUAUGCUGGGAGAGAGAGAUUUUCAUGAGAAAGAAGGAGAAGCCAACCUUAUUUUCACCACCCCGACGACGGCCCUCCUUACUUGGCCCAAAAAUGAUAAGCUCAGUGUCAACAAUAUAACGAUUGGGGAACAUCUUUUGUCAAAACUUCGAGUGAAAGCAUGGUUGGAUGAUGAUAGUGUUAAUCUUUCAAUAUCAAUAUUAAAAGACAAAUACAAAGGUUCAUCUAGGGUUUUUUUUACAAUCAUCUCUACUCCUACCAGCUUUCCAAAGUGGGAAAGAUUCUUUAAAAUGGGACAAACUUAACGAGGCUUUUAUAAGAUAUUAUACGAUUAUUCUUAUAAAUCUCAAUAAUGUUCAUUGGUAUCUUGCUAUUGUUAUCAAUCUGGAAUAUUCAAAAGAUUUUGCCUCGAAUACCCCAACAACCACUUCUCGUCAAACUCAUCAACCUUAUCCAACUAUCCUUACAAUCAACACUCUCUAUAAAAAAACGGACCACAGAAAAGCCGUGGCUCUAUUACAAAGAUGGAUCAUUAGUAGCACAAAAGUAAAAUCCAAUAUCGAUAUACCCCAAUCAUUUAUUCGAUGACAGCAUCGACUUUUGACACGUCAAAUAACGGAUAUGACUGUGGUGUAGCCAAAAUGUUUGAACAGUUUUUGAAGGAUCCGGAAAGAUUUUUAGACAUCUUUAUGCUAGAUUCGGUGACGGUGAGGAGGGAGAUGUUGGAGGAAUUUGAGGGAAGAUUGUGAAGAGGAGAUAUGAGGAGAAAGAGAGAGGAAUUGAGCGUAUCUGAGCGAAGAAAGGGACUGUUGGGAAUUAAAUAGUUCUUCCUUGCCGCCGAAUAUCUUGGUUUCCUCUUAUUUUAUACCACUUUUUGAGGGUUAAACUCGUCUUUGUCUAUUAUUACGAGGAUUAAUUGUGGGUGUGUGCGGUGCAAGGCGUUUCGUCGGUCGGUUUUGCUUUAAUUUUAUAUCACUUUUUGCUAUCCACUAUAGAAGAAUAACGAAAAGUGCAAAUGAGACUUCAUCCGACACACUAUUUUAGCGCUGCUGAGAUGGACAUUGGUGUUAUUAUCACGGCGAAGAAAUGUUAUUAUUAUUAGAGGUGAGUUGCAUGAA